CUUCAAGUUCGGUCGAGUCCAUGGUGGCACAACAGCCAGUUGAAUUGAUGGCCGCUCUGGGGGCUGUGAAGCGCCCGGCUCCACCACUCACAGAGGUAGAAGGCCUCCAGGUGGUUCAGAAGGUCAAAAUUGGUGAUGGCGGCAGUUCUAUUCUCGCUAACUCGACAAUCUAUCCAGGUGAUGUUGAGAGUCGCAACUGGUCGGGCGAAGCAUGGGCUGCAUCGUGUCGGGCAAAUGGAGUGAGAAUUGAUUAUGAUGAGGACGCUUACAAAUUGAUAACUUCACGAGGCUCUAAUCUGCGGAGCGAACUUAAAACUGUCAUGCAGCCUCUUGUUAUGACAGAGUUUGGCUUCAGUGACGACAAAACACCUGAAGCCACAUCCCUCAAUGCAGUGCUGGUAAAGUCACUCCUUAAAACCGGCAUGAUUAAAUGGUGCUACGAGAAGAAGAACUCACUUGGGGUCAAGUUCCCUGCCUAUUUCAUGGAUGCGAGCACUGGCAGCGUGAGCUUUGGCAUCAUCGUGGCAAUCCUUACAGCUGUCGAGGCCUGCGUCAUGGAAUGGACCACCGGGACAAGGACUGAAACAAAAUUUUACAAGGAGCAGUAUGCGACGGUGUUCAACACAUACCUGACCCUCCUCAUCACCUUCACAAAGCUGUUGAAGGUUGCACGUACUAACGACAACUCACCAGACACCAACGGAAAUGUCGCCAACGAGCCUAUCCCAAGUGCUGCUACUCAACACUUCACAGUCGACGAGUUCGCGGCGGCGGCAGCUGAGUGGGAUAAUCGCAGCGGAGCUGACUCAGGAUGAUAUGAUUGGUAGUGGCUAACUGUUGUGCGAGCAUUAGUACUAGUACUGUUCAUGUUCGUGGCUCCGGAAAAUAAAAAUGCCGUACUAUUGUUUUU